GAAAUCGUUGACGCGGAGGGAGAAAUGACCUUGGAGAUGCGAACGUACAAGUCUCCAGACUUCGGAGCAAGCUACAAGUCUACUGACUUCCCCAUUAAGGUCACACCGGAUGACCGUCUGAACUUUGGCCUGAGCGUGACGUCACCGCUUGACAACGUGGAGCUGUUUGCACGUGACUGUGUGUCCACCCCCAGCACCGACCCGAACGACUCUCCAAGGGUCGACAUCAUCGUGGAUGGGUGUACUUCCACUGCACCAUGAUCGUCUGCUUCAAGGACAACCCGAACUCAAGGUGCAGCCAGGGCUGUAUCUCCUCCGUACGGGGCAGGCGGGACACCUCCGGAUCCGGCGGGCAGGACGGGAGGGUUCGCCGGGACAGCAACGGGGACACCUCCGGCGGGCAGGAUGGGAGGGUUCGCCGGGACACCUCCGGCGGGCAGGACGGGAGGGUUCGCCGGGACACCUCCGGCGGGCAGGAUGGGAGGGUUCGCCGGGACACCUCCGGCGGGCAGGACGGGAGGGUUCGCCGGGACACCUCCGGCGGGCGGGACGGGAGGGUUCGCCGGGACACCUCCGGCGGGCAGGAUGGGAGGGUUCGCCGGGACAGCCACCAGGACCACCAGGGAAGAAUUUCGCAGGGGCCGUUCGAGCUGCAGUUUGAAGACGAAGCAGGAGCAGGACCAGCUGGAGUCCCGGUGGGAACCAUGUUUGGGGCGUUUCUUGGGGUUGUCGGGAUCAUGGCCCUCCUGAUCGUGGCGGUUCUCCUGGUUCUGGCCUUCAGGCGCAAGAAACGACAGGAUGACGACACCGUCGGACUGGACAACAAGGCCUUCCAGACCUGGUGGAGGAUGACCACGAUUGACACCUCAAACACCAAGGCAUGACGCGUUCCACCAGAGCCGGAGUUAAGAAGACGAAAAACGUAGGAUUUUGCCCCUAGUCUUUUCUUUGUAGCUCAAACAAACCUUUGUAAUUGUCAGUUUGCUUCGAUUUGGUGAACAUAACAAACAGCGAUGAUACGACUUUCCGCCUAAACUUGCAGCCCUCCUUGUAAAGUUGUUGUAGUGAAGUGUCAACAAACAUUUGAAAGAAGAUAUGCUAUCCAUCCUAUCCUUUACAGUGAAGUGAACUUUAUAAUCGUACAUUGUAGACAGUCAACAGUAUAACCUGGCUCUCAAUCUCAACGUAUUGCAGAUGGAGCUAUCACCAAAAACAUUGGUAAAAACAACUGUUGAAACUCCACCUAAACUUAGUGCAAUAUACUUCAUAUCAUAAUACAAUAAUGGGGGAAAAAAAGAAAAAAACAGUGGGUCUUUAUCUUAACUUAGACAAUGUGAUGAACUUUAUAAUUGCGUAACAUAGUAUAGAUUUUCCAUCUGAAUUCCCACAACAAACAACAACGAAAAAAAAAGAAAAAAAUCAUAUCAAAAAUGCCCCCAUCUAAACUUAGACAGUGCAGUAUGCUGCAGUAUAAACAUAUAACAAUAGUUUAUAUAACAAUACAACAAC